GAUCCACAGCCGUUUAAAAAUAAAAACAAUAGCAAAAUUGGGAUCAUGUAUAUUAUAUAAUAUAUAAAAUAGUGAAAUAAUUCAAGUUGGGUUCCUCUGAUAUUGUAAGUUUGUAAGCAGUCUUAUUUAGUCAUACAGAUCACGCCAUGAUACGCUUAACACUUCAUAUAGUUUUAUUAUUAAUAUAAUUCAGCAUAAAUAAGUAUAACUAAUAAAAAAAAUAAUUAAUUAGUAUGAUUCCCGAUCACAGUCAGAAUCAGUGAAUCAGAUGCAGCAAAUCAGCAAAGGCAAAGGCAAAGGCCUCAAAAUUCAAUGAUCAAACAAAAAUGAAUAAUGAAUGAUACUGAAUGGGACAAGGAUGAGGCUAUCAUUAUUACUACUAUUUUGUGCAGGCCUGCACUAAACUAUUGGCACUAUUGACAAUUGACUGAAUAGUAUUGACUGACUAUUUUUUUGACAAAUGCCUGGGCUUGGUGUCAGUUCUUAAGUCGUUUAAUUUUAAUCUAGUAAAGUCUAACAUAAAUAAAUCAAUAUUCAAUAUGAUAAUUAAUGAAUGAUUCCAUAGUUCACCUGGCAUCAUAACAAAAAAAAAGGGAGGGGGGGGGGGCGAAUUCUUCAUAGCAAUUCAGAUGCUAUAAGACUAUCAAUCACAGCAUUUUGGUUGGUGUAAGACUGUAAGUGUGAGUCAGAAGUUGAAAUUAAAAAAGUAACAUUAUUAAAUUAAUAUUUCUUUGACUUUUCUUGUACUUAAUUUGAAACAUAGCGCAGUGUCAUAAAUCUAUCAGUAUAGUUCCUUUAAUUUACAAUGUAGGCCUAAACUAAUAUAUACAUUACAUUUAUUUAUAUAUGAAGGAGCUUAGAUGACCAUGUAAUGCUGAUUUCAGUAGCGCACAAUAUGAAAUUCCCCAUAAUUGCACCAAACAACAUGUAAAUGUGUGUUUAAUUGACACAUUUGAACUCCUUUGUCAAAGCUCAGUGAAGUUGGAAAAGGGAAUAUAGUGGAUAGUUUGAAACAAAGAACAUACUAAUUUUUCCAUUUUCCAAAUAUACAGUUCAGGUGCUAAGAAACAUAAUUCUGAGGAUAAAUAUGUUUGUAUUAAAACAUAUAUUGUAAAUAUUUGGUUAAAAUACAUUUAAAUGAGAAAGAACAAGAUUGGGUGGAUUUUUAUUUAGAUAGGUAACAAUAUCUAAAAACCCAAUUAUUUUAUGGGCAUGAAAAUUUAAUCUUUAAAAAUAGAUAAAUAUUAUUAUUUUUUAUUUCCCGAAAAUACAGUCAGGGUUUAAACAAAUCUGGGUUAAGAUUUUCUUUAAAUAUAAGGAAAUAUUUAUAUUUUCCAUUUAACAGCUUAGGGGCAUCUGUCAUUUUUAUGAGAUUAAGAGUAGAUAUAAAAAACACAAGACUAGUUAACUAUUUCCUAAAUAUACAUUUGAAAGCAUUGAAUAUUGUCAUGUUUAUUUUUUUUUUAAAGUUUACUAUUUUUUUAAUGAUAAAAUACAUCCAAAUUCGAUUCAGACACGUUUGUAAAAAUUGGAUUUUAGAUGUUGUGACUUUGCUAUGAAAGGUGGAAAGUAGCGCAAUAUGUCUUCCAUUUUUAUCCCGAUAAAACCUGGUGGCAUAUAUUCUAGUAAUAUAUCAUAUAAUACAUUUUUUUUUAAAAAUUGCAUAUUGACAUGUUAUAUGUGAUUGUUAUAAAUCUUAUAAAAAGAAAUUGUUCAUAUUUAGCUUUGUUUUCCAGGUUAUUUAUCCAAAAUAUCAUGCCUAAAUAUUAUGAAGAUGUUGAAGAACUCAACCAGAAAAAGAAAUUUGCUUGUGAAGGCCUUAGGGAUGAUCUUCUGGAGUGUCUAAGUAAAUCUGAUUGUGUCAAGAAGGUAGUAUAACUUGUAUUUCUAUUCUUAAUUCUUAAUAAAUAUUUAACUUCUGGUCUUAUCGCCCACUAGUUUGUUUAAGAAUUAAGUAUUGAUUAUUUAUAAAUGCAUUGAAUUUAGAAAUGUGAUGUAUUAAUAAGUAAAUAUUUUCCCAAUUGUUUCAUAAGUUGUAUCCCAUUUUCACACUAUUUCCCAUUUCUUGUGUUCAGGAUAUGUUAAUUUUUAAUUCAAAUAUAUGAGCAUCAAUUAAAAUUAACUAAAAGUUAAAAUGAAAUUAUAUUGCUUUUAAUUUUCAGGAUAAAAAAACUCCUCGUGAAUGUAUGCAUGAUUCAUUAUUGCCACAGGAGUGUGCUACAUUAAGAGUUUCGUUUUUUGAGUGUAAAAGGUCAAUGGUAAGUUAUUUAACAUAUAUUCUAAGCCUUUGAGUUGCAAAGUUAAAAUAUCUAACAAUCGUAAAAGCUGCUGGUUUUUUAUCAAAAUAUUAAACUUAUGGGGUACAACCAUAAGGAAAAAAAAUAUUUUAUUUUUGGGGAGAAAAGAGCAAGUAGAUUGGUUCAGCUUUCAUAUCAUUUGUUUUUGUCAUGGCUUUGCUGAGUAAACAUAGAUUGUGUGAUGAUACUGUGAAUUGAGAGGAAAGAAAUUAUUCAGAUUAAAAGAAUUCAUGUUUUAUACAAUUUAAAAGCCUAUAUUGAUAUAUCUGUGCAUUUUUUGUCAUUCAUACUGUGCAUCAUAUUUGAUAACCUACUGAGUUAUUUACUUAUUUACAAACCAACAACUGUUCAAUUAGUUGAGCUAUUUCAUGUAAUUAUAAAGAAAGACUCGACUAAACCACCAUGGCUCCUGUUUUUUUGUUUGUUAUUGUUUUUUUGUUUAGUCAAUUUGUAUGCAUAAUACAAUAAGUAUGCCUUAAAAUUUAAGUUCUAAAAGUAAAAACGUUUACAAAUCCUGAAAUAUAUAGCUUUAUUGGCAUGUCUGGGAUUAUGUAAAACAAAUUUUCCAAAAAAAUAACCUUUGUCAUAACAUUUCAUUAUUUGUACUAUCAAAGACUUUGCUCAGUGAUUAUCAGCCACGCUAGAUAGGGGGUGGGCUACCUUUUUUGAGAAGAAAAAAUGGAGAUAUACAUUUUUUUGGAAGGCCACAUGAUAAUUUUCUUAGCAUAGGUUGUCCACCCCUGAGGUAGAUGAUGACCAACAUUAUAUAUUUCAAAGACUGUUAAUUUCAAAUAAUGACUUUCUGACUUUUAAAACUUAAAGUGUAAUGAACCUUUUCUAGUUAUAUUCCCUUAUCUUUCAGUUUAAAUAUUGAAUUUAAAUCUUACAUUUUCAUGGUUUUAUAACAAUAUGCUCAGACUGAAUUUUAUUCUUAAAUGUCAUCCACAGCUUGACAUGCGAACAAGAUUCAGAGGAAGAAAGUACUACUAAUGAAUUGAAAUAAAAUUGAUAAAUAUAUAGUUGAAUUAGUUUUGAGCAAAACCAGAAUUAAAUGCAGUGUAAAUACUUAGCCUCACUUCCAAAACUGUAAGUUUCAUUGUGUGUGAUGUGUAAGAGAACUUACACUCAAUCAAUGCUAUUUAUAUCUGAUUUAAUUAAAUUGAAGAAAAAUCACCCCCAGGCCUAAUGAAUACAUGCAUUUGUGACUAGGAGUUUUAUAUGGUUUAAGAAUAUUUGCCACCAUUUAUUAACCUGCUCAUGUCUUUUUGCUCAUAGAAUAUAAUGCACCAAAAACAGAAAUAUUAAAGUCUUUUACAAUGCACUAUCUCAUCUGUAUCAUUAAUACAGUUAUUAUUUUUCAAUAAAAUUGCUUAAAAGCCUGUUUUAAGAAAGGAACUUUCAUUAUUUUAUAUCAUAGGGUUGCAAUAUGCAUGAUUAAGCCUUAUUGCAUGCUUUCUGUAAGUUCUGUGUAUAAUUUAUUGUGAUGGUUGUUAGGGUGAGGUUGGUUGACAGAAAAUAGCCUGCAACAAGUUCAGUGUGACUUAGAAUUUUUAUGUUAGAGAGUGUCUUGUCAGUGCUGGGGUCUAUCAAUGACAAAGUGGCACUGGAAAUCUGUGAAAUUUCCUCAUCAACACCAGGAACAGAAACAUUGCAAAUCCCAUCUACAUGCAUAGGAGCCAAAAUGAUCAAUAAAUUGAUCGUGGGCCCUUAAGAUAUAGAAGAAGAAGAAGAAGAAGAAGUUUUGACAUGUAUAGGUAAAAAUGGAAAUAGAUGUAUUCCUUGUUGAGAUAAGUUCAUGAUGAAAAAAAAUUAAACUAUCCCUAUUCUUAA